CGUUGCCUCCACCUGGCUCCUCCCCGCGUUCGCCAAGCUCCCCUCCCCCUUCCCCAAGGACAGUCUGCGAGGAAGCCGUGGCAGAGGAGCGCUAAGACUAAAAGAGUGGAUCAUGACCCAUGAAGAGCACCAUGCAGCCAAAACCCUGGGGAUCGGCAAAGCCAUCGCCGUGUUAACCUCCGGUGGAGAUGCCCAAGGUAUGAAUGCUGCUGUCAGGGCUGUGGUUCGAGUUGGUAUCUUUACUGGUGCCCGUGUCUUCUUUGUCCAUGAGGGUUACCAAGGCCUGGUGGAUGGCGGAGAUCAAAUCAGGGAGGCCACCUGGGAGAGCGUUUCGAUGAUGCUGCAGCUGGGAGGCACAGUCAUUGGAAGUGCCCGGUGCAAGGACUUCCGGGACCGAGAGGGGCGACUGCGCGCUGCCCACAACCUGGUGAAGCAUGGGAUUACCAAUCUGUGUGUCAUUGGGGGUGAUGGCAGCCUCACUGGGGCUGACACCUUCCGUUCCGAGUGGAGUGACUUACUGAAUGACCUCCAGAAAGCGGGUAAGAUCACAGCGGAGGAGGCUACCAAGUCCAGCUACCUGAACAUCGUGGGCUUGGUGGGCUCCAUUGACAAUGACUUCUGUGGCACCGAUAUGACCAUCGGCACCGAUUCUGCCCUGCACCGGAUCAUAGAGAUCGUGGACGCCAUCACCACUACUGCUCAGAGCCACCAGAGGACGUUUGUGUUAGAAGUGAUGGGCCGGCACUGUGGAUACCUGGCCCUUGUCACUUCCCUCUCCUGUGGGGCUGACUGGGUUUUUAUUCCUGAAUGUCCACCAGAUGAUGACUGGGAGGAACAUCUUUGUCGCCGGCUCAGCGAGACAAGGACCCGUGGUUCUCGUCUCAACAUCAUCAUUGUGGCUGAGGGUGCGAUCGACAGGAAUGGGAAACCAAUCACCUCCGAGGACAUCAAGAACCUGGUGGUAAAGCGUCUGGGAUAUGACACUCGGGUCACUGUCUUGGGGCAUGUGCAGCGGGGUGGGACACCGUCAGCCUUUGACCGAAUCCUGGGCAGCAGGAUGGGUGUGGAAGCUGUGAUGGCGCUUUUGGAGGGGACCCCGGACACCCCAGCCUGUGUGGUGAGCCUCUCUGGGAACCAGGCUGUGCGCCUGCCCCUCAUGGAGUGUGUCCAGGUGACCAAGGAUGUGACCAUGGCCAUGAACGACAGGAAAUUCGACGAAGCCAUGAAGCUGCGAGGCCGGAGCUUCAUGAACAACUGGGAGGUAUACAAGCUUCUGGCUCAUGUCAGAACCCCAGUCUCGAAGGCACCGGGUAGCACGCACACCGUGGCCGUGAUGAACGUGGGGGCCCCGGCUGCAGGCAUGAAUGCUGCUGUGCGCUCCACCGUGAGAAUUGGCCUCAUCCAAGGCAACCGGGUGCUGGUUGUGCACGACGGCUUCGAGGGCCUGGCCAAGGGUCAGAUCGAGGAAGCUGGCUGGAGCUAUGUGGGGGGCUGGACUGGCCAAGGCGGUUCCAAACUUGGGACGAAAAGGACUCUCCCCAAGAAGAGCUUUGAGCAGAUCAGUGCCAACAUCACUAAGUUUAACAUUCAGGGCCUUGUCAUCAUCGGGGGCUUUGAGGCUUACACUGGGGGCCUGGAACUGAUGGAGGGCAGGAAGCAGUUUGAUGAGCUGUGCAUCCCAUUUGUGGUCAUCCCCGCUACCGUCUCCAACAACGUCCCCGGCUCGGACUUCAGUGUGGGGGCUGACACAGCCCUCAACACCAUCUGCACGACCUGUGACCGCAUCAAGCAGUCAGCCGCGGGCACCAAGCGGCGGGUGUUCAUCAUUGAGACCAUGGGCGGCUACUGCGGCUACCUGGCCACCAUGGCGGGCCUGGCAGCCGGGGCUGACGCCGCCUACAUUUUUGAGGAGCCCUUCACCAUUCGGGACCUGCAGGCAAAUGUGGAACAUCUGGUACAAAAGAUGAAAACGACUGUGAAGAGGGGCUUGGUGUUAAGGAAUGAGAAGUGCAAUGAGAACUACACCACUGACUUCAUUUUCAACCUGUACUCUGAGGAGGGGAAGGGCAUCUUUGACAGCAGGAAGAAUGUGCUUGGCCACAUGCAGCAGGGGGGGAGCCCAACUCCAUUUGACAGGAAUUUUGCCACUAAGAUGGGCGCCAAGGCUAUGAACUGGAUGUUCGGGAAAAUCAAAGAGAGUUACCGUAAUGGGAGGAUCUUUGCCAAUACGCCAGACUCGGGCUGUGUUCUGGGGAUGCGUAAGAGGGCUCUGGUCUUUCAACCAGUGACUGAGCUGAAGGACCAGACGGAUUUUGAGCACCGCAUCCCCAAGGAACAGUGGUGGCUGAAGCUGAGGCCCAUCCUCAAAAUCUUAGCCAAGUACGAGAUUGACUUGGACACCUCAGAGCACGCCCACCUGGAGCACAUCAGUCGGAAGCGAUCUGGAGAAACUUCUAUCUAACCCUCUUUGGAGUGAGGGUCAUGGAUUGUCUGAUCAUGGUCAGCUCACCCCCUGAUAGAUCCAAGUCCAUGUAUUCCCAAGUGUUUUAGUGCAUUUUUCUUUAGGUUUCCUUUUAUUCUGCAGCUGUAGCCAUGACCAGCUCUGCCAGGGAGCUGGGGCAAUAGGCAGUGAGUAGAAGCCACCUUUAGGUAGAAUUUAUCAUGACUUCUACCCCAGCUUCAUCUGUCACACAAGAAGACUGGGCUCCUCUAGGCUACUGCUAGAUUUCAGCUACUCGGUUAGAAUUUUCCUAAAAAUAAGCUGUAUUUAUUUCUUUGUGAUAACAAAGUCUUGGUUCCUCUACUACUUUUACUGCAGUGACAAACAAUAGCUACACUAAUAAAUGCCAACUGGUCACUGCU